UGAACAAUUGAACCGCCUUCGACACUCUCUCUGAUUGGACGCCAGCAGGAACUCCCCAGGGGUGGGUGAAGUCAUAUUAAUCACCGAAAAUUGGAGAAGCCCGCAAAACAGGUCAACCGCACGGCGACUUUUCGGCCCACUGUAGUGCUACAGUGAAGGAUACUCCUGUGAAAGCCGGUUACUCUCGAGCACUCACAAUGAGUUCGAUUCCAGACGGGUUUCCCAUAUCCCUCCAGUCAUGGCCAUCGACGGAGGGGGAUCCAAAGAAGUCCCUACCGUUCAUGAUCCAACGGAUCAGAGACGAACGGGGCGGGUUCCUGAAUGCCAACGAGGAAAGUCUGCGGCGAGAGAUUGCUGAAGCCGGGGCUGACGAUGAAGAUGAUGGCACGAGCGAGGAGGAAGACGAUGAGGAGGAAGAGAAGCCGGAUCGACAGAAGGAGCUGAUGAAAGCACGAGAGGAGAUGCUGGCGCAGAUAGAAUACGCUCAUCAGCAUACAAUGUUCGCUCUAGACUUCGUGUCUCUCCUCCUAUCCAAAGAUCAACCGACUCAAGCCAGCAUGACCAUAUCGCCAUUUCUACGGGAGACACUGCCGUUGGGAACAUUGGGAGCGGAUAAAAUACACGCGUCAAAGGUCACGGAUGCAGUGAAGGAAGACAAUAAACACGUAGCCAAGGGCUUCAAGAUCCAAAACCUUAACAAGACUGUAGAUUCUAUUCUGGCAUCUGCAUCUAGGCUCGAGAAGGAAAUCGAGGUGGAAACGAAAUAUUGGGAGCAGGUCCUUGCUGUCAGCGAGAACGGAUGGGCUGUUUGUCGACUACCAAAUGAGAAGCAGACAUUGGGAGUUAGAUUUGGGUUCUCAGAAGCAUCAGCGACAUUCAGAAAUCGCAGUCUAGCCGCUCUCCGAAGAGAGCCAGACGGUAGUAUAUAUCUGGACCAAGGUAUCGCAACCGCCGAGCCUCAAUACGUCCGAGUGCGCAUCCAGUCCAACAUCGGUGAAUGCGGUUCCUCGACUGUACCGUCAGCUACUGCCGACGACGCCCCAAUCGAAGCCCGCAUUCAGCAAGCAAGGAACACAAUCUUCGAUACUGAACUCUGGCAAGAGCUCAACCGCGAAGCACGGACGUUGGCCUCCUUCGGCGUUCGUUCCAAGGACGACACAAUAACCUGUCCACUCUCCCCUAACAAGACUAUCAUACUAGACCUCGUUUCUCUAGAUGAUUACAGCCCAGCACCACCUCGCAGCGAUGAUUACAUAGCAGAAGGUAUAUCCCUGGCUCUUCAUCUCCUAUUGAGCUACGCGCACCGCCAGAACUUCCACCGCCGGACUCAAACCCCCGCGCCCCUCUCUGCAUACAAGCGUCCCAAUCCACCAUAUGCCCUGCUCCGCCCUCUGAUCUCGCGGGUGAACCAUCAAUCUACCCUCUCCAGCAUCCAUGCCUUGCUUGUCCCUCUGUGCUCAAUCCUUACCUCGACCUCACUCUCCCCACCUCCAACUUAUACACUAACUAAGCCCUCACGCCUCGAGCAACUCUCAAAAUUACCCCCUACAGAAGCCACAAUCCUCUCUCUCAUCGACCAUCUGCAAGUGCAGCUCACCCUAAGCCUCACCCCGGCAUGCAACAUCAUCUUGAAAACCCGUACCCUCCUCUUCCCGCUAGCCAACACGAACUUCAACCUGACGCUCGAGCCCGCGGAUUCCUUCAUGCACGAGGCCUGCAGGGCUCCAGGGGUAGUCGAUCACUGGCGCAAAGCCCACGACUACAUCCUCUUCGCCACAUCCUGCGCACUAGCUGGAUCAUUCGCAUCCCCUCCUACUAAAGUCCCCGAGGGAGAAAACGGCGCCGGAGGAGCAGCGCGAUGGGAAGCAACAACACGCCCUCACGUCCUCCGUCGAGUUCAAGGCCAAACCGGACAAGGCAAGAGUAAACACCUCUCCUUCUCCCUCGAGGAUUUCACCGCAUCCCAGAAGAAAGGCCUACGGUUGCGCGUCAGUUGGGAAUGGAUGGGCGGUGUUCUCGAACAUAUGCCAGGCGGGCUUGACUCUCGUAGUCCUGGGGCGGGACGGGGGAAGAAGGUGGUCAAGGGGGAGGGCUUCUAUGAGUGGGUUCUUUUGGAGGGAGAGAGUCAGGUGGUUGGCAGGGGAAUGGCCGGGGAGGGAGGUGCUUGGGUGGAGGGCGUGCCGGUCAAGAGUUUGAAGGAGGUUGUGGAAAUUGCGGAGAGGGAUUAGGAUGCGAAAUUAUGGUUGUAUGAAUUGCAUUUCAGUAUUCAAAAAAGAUACGUAAAACGUGAGCUGAUUCCCUGGUCCCUG